GUUUCCAACGACGCGUCGCUCUUGCCGCCCCAGAUGGCGGCCAUUCGGGGCUGGGACGGCCUCGGGGAGCCUCCGCUGCAGAUGGCGGCGACCUGCGCAGCGGGGCACCUCGGCGUGCGGCUCCUGCGGCGCUCCCCUCGCUCGACAACGCGGGCGUCUCGGACCUCGCGGGGGAGCAGCGCGCCAGCGCAGGCCAGUGGCUGGGCGGCGGCCUUGCCAGGGCGGGCCCACCGUCGCUCCGGGUUCGCGGAGGCCGCCACCCCGCCGACCGCGGCGCCACUGACCUGGCGCGCCAUGCCUCCGCCUGCGCGGCCCGAGGCGGCGCUGUCGCAGCGGAGCUCACGCACGCCCCCGACGGGCCCGCCACCGCAGGCAGCGCCCUUGCGGCGGAGCUGUCGUGCGCCAGCGUGCCGGCCGCCGAAGGCGCACCGGCGGCGCUGGAGCGGGACGGCCCCGCCUGCCCACAGGCGGACCCGCCGCAGGUGCCAGCAGGAAACAGGGCGCCAGCCAUCGUCGCCGCGCUGCAGAAGCUGUUUUUUGAGGAGAUGGCGAGAGGCUGCACCGACGCCAACGAAGCUGCGGCGCUGGCCCUCCGCCGCCUCACCUGGGGCCCCGUCCCGGAGGCGGGCCGCGGCGCGGCCGAGGCCGAGCCUCCCCCGCGCCCGCCCGCCCGGGCCGCCUCGGAGAUCCUCGAGGUCGGCGAGGAGGGGCGGCCGCGGCGCCCGGGCCCUCGUGGCGGGCCGGCGCUGCUCGGGCGGGGCGGGGGCGAGGACGGCUCCGGAGCUCUCUCCGAGGAGAGCGCUCCCGAGCGCUCUCGAGGAGGCCGCGGCGCGCGAGGCACAUCCUCCAGGGCCGCCGGGGUCGCAGAGAGCUACUCUCGAUCUCUGUCCUCGCCCGAAUUCGCCCUCGUCCUGGCCUCGGCUACAGGUUGCAGGCUCCCGCCGUGCCCUGUCGGGUGCGGCCUCCGGAGAGGCGGCUCCUGGGGCACGGGGCCGUGCGCCGACUGUGCGGGAGGGGUGCUCGCAGGGCGACGGGGCCUCCACCUUGCCGAGCGUUGUGCGAGCGCGGCGCCAGUAGGGCGCGGCCCGAUUGAAGAGAUUUUAUUUUGUUCCAGCCUUCUGGUUCUGUGUGAGCUUGUUCCUCCUCUGCUUCCUCCUCUGGCCUGUUUUCCCUGCCUCCGCUGCUUGCGCGCACGGCGGCGAGCUUCUUGA